AUGGAAAUUAUUUUAAAAGAUCAUCCAAUGAUUGAAGGACUUUUAUACUUUCAUUUUGACGCUUGGAUAAAUCCAUUCAGAUUUGAUAAUAUGAAUUUUAAUCAUAUUUGGUUUCCUGAUUCAGCUUUACCUCCAUUCAGAUGUGUAACAAAUACAGCAGGAUGGGAUUGGUGGGCAUGGGGCAGUGGAUAUCAUACUAUUGCGAAACAAGCGACAGCUAAUGUUGCAAAGAAUUAUUCAAAUCGAUUUAUAACAGAUAAAGAUGUAUUUUGUGGAGGAUGGUCUGAUAUUUAUUAUAUUCCAAGAAGAUUUUUUCGAGAUUUUAUUGAUUUAACAAGUGUAUUUUAUCCAAUUCGAUCAUUUCAUGAAGUUGGAAUUCCAACUAUGAUUAAUAUUAUUGAUCUUACUCAUCGAUUAACACCUUCUCAUAGUAUUGUUACACGAAUAGCAGAUUGUUGGGGACAUUGUUGUCUCGAUAAUCCAACAGCAACUGAGAUUAAAAAACAUCGAUGUGGUCAUAGAAUAUAUUUACCUGAUCAUCUUGCCAGAAAAGCAUUAAUUGAUCUUUUGGAGUCAGAGGCAACUUAUUUUAAUAAAACUAUUUCAAAAAAAAUCAAAUAA